AUGGGUGGUUUAUCGUAUCAUAAAUAUCGAAAAGAACUUCGUGCUACGCUAACUUCAGUACGUGCAAUAGCUAUAACAGUGGAUAUAUGGACUAAAAAGCAAACUUCAUUUAUUUGUUUAACUGGACAUGCCUUCAACAAGAAAUACGAAUCUAUACCAAUUGUACUAGGUUUUCGACGACUAUCUGGAGCUCAUCGAGCAAACAACCUAAAAAAUUAUAUCAUUUAUGAAAUGCAACAAUUAGAUAUUGAAGAAAAAGCAUGCGCAAUAGUUAGUGACAACGGAAGUGACAUCAAAAAAGCGAUUAAUGAUAUAAAACCUGGUGAACGAUUUUCGUGUUUUGCACACGACAUUAAUCUUGUAGUGAAAAAUGGAUUGAAAAUAUGGGAGCCUAUAGAAAAGAAAAAACAAAUAACACAAACAACAACAGCAACAACAACAACAAAUGCAUCUAUCUAUAAUUAUGAUAGUGAUGAUGAGAAUAUGUCAGAACCAGAUCGAGCAGAUAUUCCAGAAGAACUUGAAGAUGAUACAAUUGAUGAAAAGGCAGAAAACGAUGAAAGUGGUGAUGAUGGCGAAGAAGAGGAGAAUUCAACAGGUAGUGAUAAUGAAUCUGGUAAUGGAAGUGAUGACGAUGUUAGUGAAUAUGAAGAUAUUAUUGAUAUUGAAAGUGAAGAUGAUGAUGAAGAUGAUUACCAAUUUACUAAUCAGAAGGAACAACCAUUAAUUCAACCGUACCAAACUCAACUCUUGAUUUAUCGAUUAAUCCAUCGAGUGCGAGCUUGUGUCAUAAAUGUCCGUAGUACGCGAGCUAUUUGUGAUUACGUAAAAACUCAAGGAAAAUCGAAUGAACCACCAAUUAAAGCUGGACUUGCAACCGAUUUCGAAAUAAGGUGGAAUACCACGUUUAUCAUGAUUGAUCGAUUUAGUAAUCAUCGUUUCAUUAUUGACAAUAUCAAUAGCCAACCGUUCAAAGUUCCUGAUAUUAAUUCCGCUCAACGAAUGAAACUUGCAUCAAAAAAAUUCGAAUUUACAAAUGACGAUUGGUCUCGUUUAAAAGAUUUACAAACCGUAUUAAAACCGUUUUUCAAAGCAACAAAAGCUAUUUCAGCCAAAAACUACCCCACGUUAGCUGCAGCAUAUUCAAUAAAAUACGCCUUGCGGUAUUUUCUAUUUAAUGAAACAUCUGCAAAUGAAUCAUUAUGGCUUAAAUCUUUGAAACUUUGUCUUCGUCGAACAUUAGAAUUAUACUUCGACGAAAAAAUGGAAAUGCACCAGAAAAAUACCAGUUUGGUAGCUGCAUUUUUGGAACCAAACGAAUACUGCAGACUUCGUCAACGCCCGAUCGAGUUACAAGCGGCUAUAGUAUUGCUAAAGAUUGAAAUGCAGAAGGAAACUCUACGAAUAACUCAAAAUAACGUUGUCGUCCAAUCAAAUGUUACAAAUAGCCGUUCGAGAUCCAUUAAUACAAAUUCAACUGAUGCGAAACAAAACAAUAUUGACUCUCUUUUUAGUCUCUGUGGUAUUAGUUCAUCAUCGGAUCAAACACUACCAGGAAAAAAAGUGUGGUCGAUAGAUGAAGAAAUAGGAUUUUAUAUGUCCUCGAUUAACAUUAGUAAAAAAAUCAAAUUUUCUCAUUAUUGGAGUGAUUAUGAGCAUAGACUACCACUAAUGAGUGGUGUGGUUCGUCGUGUCAGCAUCAUUCCUGCGUCGUCAGUACCUUGCGAAUCAACUUUCAGCAUUGCUGGAUACAUUCGACGCAAGGAACGAUGCUCAUUGUCAGCAAAUGCUAUACGAUACUCACUUGUUCUGAAGGACAGUCAUAAACUAGAAUUACUUCGUUAA